GCUUAUUUUACACGUGCUUGAGAUUUUUUUGGAAUUUGAGAAGAUUAAUGGAAAAGAGCAUGACAUUCUCCACAAUUGAAUAGCAACACUUCUCCUCUUCUCACAACAAACAGUAACGAAACAAUGGCUGAUGCAUUAGAAGAUGACUACAUUCAAUCGGAUGGGGAACAGAUAGAUGCUGGCAGCGAUGUAGGAUAUGACUCAGAAAGCGGCGAAGCCGGCCCAUCAUCCACAAGAUCAAGGCAAGAAGAGAACGGAAACAAACAAAAGCGAAGAAUAGAGCAAACAGAAGUAGAUGAAGAGGAAAACCGAAACAAAAAGAAACAAAAGAUGAAAAAACGUGAUCAAAUAAAAAAGCAAAAGAAAGCGGCUGCAAAUAUGGCAUUACAACCUGGUGCAUUGGCAAAAUAUCCUGUAGAAAUGCAAGCCGAUCAUUUACGACAAUUGAUGCGAUCUUGUAAGCAAUUCAGUAAAUGGACUGAAAUGGAAUUGGAUGAAAUGGGAGUCGCACAAUCCAUGUUGAUCGAUACUAGUGGAUUGGAUAUUAAGCGGGAAGCCGACACAUUAGCACAAUUUAUCCUCAAAGCUAUGCCCAAGGUGACAGAAGCUAUUAAAUCUGUCAAAGAUGAAGGAGUCUGCGGACAACCUUCUGUUUUGGUCAUUUCGGGCAAUGCUCAAAGGGCGGCUGACCUGAGUCGAUCAUUACGAUCUCUAAAUCCAAGCUCAGAUAGCAACGGAAAAGAAAAGAAUAAUGGAAAAUCGAAAGGGAAGGUGGCAGUAGCCAAAUUGUUUGCUAGACAUUUCAAAAUUGAUGAACAAAAAGCAUUCUUGGAAGCUAGUAUUUGUCCAUUGGCUGUAGGAACUCCGCAACGAUUGCAAGAUUUAUUGACUAAUGGAUUGGACUUGCAGAAAUUACGAUGUAUCAUCAUAGAUGCGACUUGGACCGAUCAAAAGCAAAGGACAAUGUUGGAUACGAUUGAAACCCGACAAGCUCUAUUUUCCAUGCUUGCUUGUCCUGAAUUUCAAGCGAGAUUGCAUGGAAAGUCGUCCAGUGACACAAAAAGCAACAAAAAAGAAGAGAAGAUAAAGAGUGCUGCUAAUCGAGCAAAGAUUGUACUAUUUUAGAGACGCUUUGACCUGUAUUAUAAGCCGUUGCCGUUCAAUGUACUAUUUAUUGCGC